AUGUUUCCAUCACAUAGUGGAAAUAUAUCAAUUGAAACAGAGAAGACCAAUUCUUUCUACAUGUUCCUAAAAGGAAUAGGCUCAGAGGAAAAAGUCAAUCAGAUUCUUGCAUCUCUGCUUCUUCUUUCUGAAGGAAUCAACGUUCUGCUCACAAUAGAGAGUGCAGAAGAAGGAAAGAAGGAGCUUGUCCUUGCAAGUUAUAAAGACAAAAGUCUUCUAUUCAAAAUUAAACUCAAAGAAUUUCAAUACAAGGAUAUUAUGCGGGAUGAAGUAGGGGUUUUUGAUGUUUAUGGGCCAACGGAAAAUGAGGCAGUUGAGGUCAUUGAGUUUUUCAUUAAGAACAGACGGAACUCUUACAAGCAGCAAAAUACGUGGGCAGAACCAACGGACUUUAAUGAGUACUCCAAGGGAAAGUUCAUGUACUCAACAGGCUUUCUCAUACAGACAUAUAUCUAUGAAUACUUUAAUGACCCAGAAGAUAUGAUUGAUUUUAUAAGAACAGUUCAUGAUAUGCUUAUGGAGCACAUGGACAUAGACACUGAUCUAGAAGACAGUAGCAGUGAUGGAUCUGAACCGAGAGAAAAUGUAGUGCAGAAUGUAUACUACACAGAAAAUAGUGGGAGAUUUUCCUAUGCUACACCAAUAUUAAAUAGAUGCAUAGAAACAGUUAUGUGUACCAAAGAAAUAAUACAGAACUCUUUUAUAGGUAAAAGAUGGAAACCAGUUUCGGGUUAUAUUUCAGCCAUACUGAAAGUGAAUCAGAAAAUCCUAUGCAAGAAUGUGUACAAGAAGUACUUCAUGGAUUUUAGAAGAUAUUCAGAGAUUAGAAAGUACUUUUUAGGAGUCGAAUCCUUGCAGCCCGUCCUAAACCAGCACAAAAAGAUACUAUUUCAAAGCACAAAGCAGAUACGCAUUGCAGAGAGCACACAGCAAUUUAAAAGAAAAGAAUUUACACAUAUACCAAUUAGCAAAGCAAUAUACAUAAAUCCAGUGCGCCAUAAGGAUAUAAUAAUAUUUGAAAGCAAUCCGAACUAUGCAGAAACCGUUAUUCUAUUUUUAUUCUGUCUAGUUGCAUAUAACCCGAACAACCAGAUCUUUGACAUCUCGCACUUAUUAAAGGCCUUAAAGGACUUAAAAUGGUUCUUCCAGAAGUACAGGAAUAUGUUCUCAGAAAUAACCCAGGAAAUAGAGAACGACUGGAACAAAGUGGUUGCAGACAUAGAUGCUGACUUAAUUACAUAUACGCAGGAAAACAGAAACAACUUAGAAAAUCACUUACUAAAUAUCCUGGCUGUAGUUGCAAAACUAGCAGGCGUAUACGAAAGAGAUAUGCUGCGUUUAGAGAUUUUUUCUAUAAAAUUAUCUUAUAACAACCCAAAAGAGGAUGAAAAUACUAUUUUAGAAAUAGGAGAAUACAUGAGAAGCUUGUUUGCUGAUCUGUCAAAUGGCUCUAUACAUGCGAGCAUUAAACAUGCAAAUAUAGUCAGAAAUAUAAUUAAGGUAGAAGAUGUAGUUGAAGUAAAGUGCAGUGUAUUUUGUAUUUUAUUGAUAUAUUUGAAUGAUAAAGAGAGAAUCCGCCCAAUAGAAAUCAGAAUAGGAGUGAACACAGCUGAAUUUGGAAUAGAAAACAUAAGAGAUAGUUGUGUGGACGAAGAGAGCAAGAAAAAGAACAAAGACAUUAUUGCAAGUGAAGAAAAUAAAAUUGGACAGCCCAAGUUGUUUCUAGAUUGCAUCUACCUAAACUACAUUAAGGCAGCAAAGAUUUGCAAUGAUGAAGCUAGAACCUUGCAACUAAUGAAGUUUUUAUCCGAAAAUCAUGCAGACAUUGAAAAAAGUGAUUUUAUAAAUAUAAAUCCAAUUCUGAUGGAUGGAAAGAUAGAGCCCCAGGGAUUUGCUCUUUCCUAUAUUGAUGCUCUAUCCGAUUGCUUCAUAAAGCUAAAUCUUCCAGAAACACACAAUAUGUUUCGAGUGAUUUCCAAGAUAUUAAAGUCAGCCAAGAGACUAAGAUAG